AAGAGUUUAUGAUUUUAAAUUACACAAACGCCAUGUGAGUUGGAAUAUACCCAUUUCGUAGGGAAUUUUCGCUUCAAUAAAGUAAUGGGCUUAGUUUAGAUCCAAGAUGCAAUACACCUUUUAUACGAAGACAAAUACCGGUCUGUGCAAGUUAGCUAACGGUGUUUAGCAAAAGGGGCUAGUGGUAGCUAAAGCUCGAGUUAAGGAGACACACGUAGCUUAGCUGUGUAAACAAGUUAGCUUAGCCGCAACACAAUAUACGCUAGCCACUACUAUUUCUAAAAACAAUGACAAAUCACCUCCUUAAUAUAGCCGCUGUCUGAACACAUCGUAUACACACACUAUGUGUUCAGCUAGGCUCCUCGGCUGAGGCACUUGUUAGUCUGAAAGAGGGUAGUUUGUCCAACAGUAUAAAUGAGAAAAACAGCUUCCCCAGGGCUCACAACACAAGAGGACGAAAUUCCUCGCUGACAAUGGACACGCCCACGCGGAGCUCCAAGAGGAGUCGACUCUUUCGGGAUGAGGAGGAGCAGCAGCAGCAGCAGCAGCUGCAGCCACAGCAGCGAGGCGCUUCCAAGUCUCCCCGGAGGAGUCAGAGGGUCACCACCACACCACAGAAGUUUUCCACCGUCACAACUCCAGACAAGAAGGCAUCGCAGAAAAUCGGUCUCCGAUUAAGGAACCUCCUCAAGUUACCGAAGGCUCAUAAAUGGUGCAUCUACGAAUGGUUCUACUCAAACAUCGACAGACCUCUGUUUGAGGGCGACAAUGAGUUCUGCCUGUGUCUGAAGGAGUCCUUUCCCAAGCUCAAGACCAGGAAGCUGACCCGCGUGGAGUGGAGCACCAUCAGGAGGCUGAUGGGGAAACCGCGACGGUGCUCAUCUGCAUUCUUCGCUGAAGAGCGGACAGCGUUGAUACAGAAGAGGCAAAAAAUGCGUCUGCUGCAACAGAGAAAAAUCUCGGACAUGUCACAAUGCAAAGAUCUCCCAGAGGAAAUCCCUCUGCCCCUCAUCAUAGGAACCAAAGUAACCGCCCGACUGCGGGGGGCUCACGACGGCCUGUUCACGGGGCAGAUCGACGCCGUGGACACCAGCGCCGCAACAUACCGCGUCACCUUCGACCGCAACGGCCUGGGCACCCACACUGUGCCGGACUACGAAGUGCUGAGCAACGAGCCCAACGAGACCAUGCCCAUCUCGGCGUUUGCCCAGAAACAUAGGGCUGCACGCUACCUACAGAACCUAAUGACUCCGCCCAGAGGACCCUGUCCGUCCGCUACCACGCCGAUCCUAAUGGACAACGACCCUCUCAUCAGCCAGUCAACAUGGAAGAGCAGACUCCCCGCUGGCGAGGGGGAGACAUUAGGGGGGUUUCCUGUCAAGUUCCUCGUCCAAGUGACGAGGCUGUCCAAGAUCCUCAUGAUCAAGAAAGAGCACAUCAAGCACUUGAAGGAUAUGAACACGGAAGCAGAGAAACUGAAGUCCUACUCAUUGCCCAUUGGCCUGGACUUCCAGAAGCGCUACGCCACCACAGUGCUGGAGCUGGAGCAGCUCAAUAAAGACCUCAACAAAGUGCUACACCAGGUUCAGCAGUUCUGCUGCGAGCUGGCCCCGGACCAGGGCAUGGCUCCGGCCGACCGGCCCACGGAGAUGCGGCAGCGGUGUGAGGAGGAGGCCCAGGAGCUGGUCCAGAACAGCAACACCCUGCUGGACGGCCAGCAGAGCGUCACCAACCCCAGCCACACACAGCUCGUCUCACGGCUCACAGCCCUGCUGCUGCAGAUCAAGUGUUUGGCUGAAGGGGGUGACCUGAAUUCGUUUGAGUUCAAAUCUCUGAACGACUCCCUAAACGACAUUAAGAGGUCGAUAGACCAAUCGAACCUCAGUUGCUUCCAGAACAAUGUGGAAAUCCAUGUGGCUCACAUCCAGAGUGGCCUUAGCCAGCUGGGAAACCUGCACGCCUUCGCUGCCAACAACACCAAUGCAGUCUGACCGCUUGCACUCUUUCUGAACACACACACACACACACACACACACACAUACACAUACACAUACACAUACACACACACACACACACACACACAGCACCCUGCACAUGGAGUUGGUGCUCUUUCCGGAACUUCUUCUAUUUUUCCUUUUCCUUUUUUAAUUCUGCAACAAAAAAAACUCCAUGCAGCCAUUUUUUUGGACUCGCAGCACACGACGCAGUGUUGGACGUGCAGCUGAAUCGGCCCAGAGUGAUUUCCAGAACACUAUAAAGCAUAUGGGGAAGGUGGGGUUAAUCUUUUAGCAAUUUUUCUGUGUGGGAAUGUGGCCCCAUCGAUCGAGGCCUACGCUCCAGUUCACUUCUCUCAUCCCCGGUGGUUGUUUUUCCAUGUGCCAAAAAUUACACAUUUGCAGUUUUUAUAGACCAUAUUUAUUUAUAUUUUAGUAGGUGUAUGGUUAUAAGACAAUAUUUUACUAUUUCAGAAAGAUUACUCUGUAUGUAUUGUAGCUUUGCUCCACUGAUGGUAAGCACAGGGGAGGAUAAAGAAUGUUUUGUAAAAAAAGUUUAUUGUAGAUAUUUGUACAAUACUGAAUUAUUAGGACUAUUGUUGACAUUUCUGCUAUGUGAAAUGGCUUUUUUGUAAUUUUGUGUGCACUGAAAAAGAGAUGUGGUAUUUUUAUAAAUUAUCGGCCUGGGUUCCAGAUACCGUUGGUUCAAUUAAUUUUAUUCUCAGAAUUUGGCAUGGCACCCCCUUUCACUGAACAUACAUCUCUGAUGUAACCCUUAAUUCAAGUUGUUUACCAGGACUUUCAGUUUUGUAAAGUUGUAUAUGGGAGUGCCUCAGGGCGAGUGUAUAUAAAUAUUGCUGUCUUUUUAUAUUAAACAUUGCAAAGCAGG